AUGGAUAAGCAGAUCGAAAAUUCAAGUCCGCCGGCGGGCACUCCAAGCGAGCGACCCCGCCCCUCUUCGGAGGGCAAGCCCCAUACGUAUACGGCGGGGGGCAAAGACUGCUUCGUAGGCCAGCAAGAUGCUGGCCUCCGUGAACACGACCAAGGCUGCGAAAAUGGAAACCGAUCAAGCUCAGAUGUGAGGGAGCGGCAAAGCCGUAGAAACACUUUCUACCCGGCCUUUGCAGAGACUGGACUGAACAAAGGCGCACCAGCAUCAUCACCACUUCCUGAAGUGAUGGUGGUCCUGGAGCGCAUUCCAAUACCGGAUGAGGCGAAAAUCGAUAUGGAUAUCGAUGCCGAGAAAGCGGCACAGUCUGACGGGGCGGAUACUAGCCUGGCGGAAGGACGAUCCAGGUCGGGGUCUCCUGAGACUAGAAGCCACUUCUGGGCAGAGGAGGGCCCUAAGAGGCGUCGACUGACGACGACGUCGUCAACGUCGGCGUCGCCCUCGGGCAGUGAUUGUGAGACGCCUGCCACUAAGUGCAGAGCCCGCCGAUCCAUCACCGGGAAGCACUCCAGCCUACCUAAGGCACAGGUAGAUAUUGCCGCCGUGAGGAAAGAGUUCCUUAAAACUCAGGCUGCAAAGGAGAUCGCAGUGUGCGCAAACCGAGUCUCCCAGGCUAGGGCGUUGCGCCUGUCGGAAUCCUCCUCAACACACGAGGCCCCAACAAAGGACCUGAACCAGCAGGUACUGGAUGCUUUGGAGGUAGUCGAGAAGGUAGCCACUAAAUCUGGCAACCUGAAGGGCACUUCGGUCAAGGCGCUAAAGGACGCUAAGUCGUCCCUUCACGCUGCCUUUGAAAGCAUAAUUGAGAGGACAUCAACUGACGUUACGAGGCAACUGCAGGCGGACAAUGCCCGCAUUCAGGCGGACAAUGCCCGUCUGCAGGCCCAAAUGGCCAGCCUCCAGAAUGAGCUUAUCAACGUCAGAGUGGAGUUGGAGCUGCUGCGGAAACAGGGCGCCUCUGCGCCAUCCUCAGAUAUGACUGGUGAGUCGGUCGCUGCACCGCGGACUUCUCGCGGCCAGAAGCGGCUACAGGUGGCCACCCCGGCCCCUAACGAUGAGGGAGACCUAGCGCGAACCAUCAUGGUCCAGGUAGGGACGAUGGUAAAUGCGCGCUUAGAGGCCCUAGAGGAUAGACUUCUUCCGGAGAAGCGACUGCGUCCGCCGCUGUCAGCUGACAAAAAGCGUUCGCAAGCAACUCCUGCGGCCAAGCCAAUACCGGCACAGGCACAGGCCAUCGCGAAGCCAGGCGUAGCUGCAACUGCUCACCCGGCCCCUGCUGAGGCUAAGAAGAAGUCUAAGAAGAAAAAGAAGAAGAAGAAACAAAAGAAGAAGGGGAAGGCCGGCGCUGUCCAUCAAGCUGCCGCGCCUCGUGCGCCACGACCACUCCCAUCUGCACCCUCCACAAUGGAGGAGCCGUGGAAUGUCGUCGCCAAAAAGGGCACGAAGAAGCAGGCUACCACCACUCAGAAAAAGAGUGGCCCAGUGAAGUUGCAUUCUCCCCGCACGGCGGCAGUUGUGCUAACUCUGCAGCCUGGCGCAGAGGAAAACGGUGCUUCCUAUGCCGGAGUACUGGCCCAGGCCAGAGCUCGAAUAAAGCUGGAUGAGCUUGGCAUAGGUGCUGUCCGGUUCCGACGAGCCGUGACGGGCGCCCGCAUCCUGGAGGUGACGGGAAGCACCAGCAAUGUGAAGGCUGACUCCCUUGCUCAAAAGCUUAGGGAGGCUCUCGAUGAGAACGUCGUCCGAGUCAAUCGGCCCAUCAGAUCUGCAGAGAUGCGGAUCUCAGGCCUGGAUGACUCAGUCACCACUGAGGACUUGGUGGCAGCGGUGGCUCGAGCUGGCCAAUGCGCUGCAGACCAGGUGAAGCCCGGCGAAAUUCACCGUGACAAAACCGGUCUUGGCUCAGUAUGGCUGCGGUGCCCUGUGGAUGCCGCAAAGAAGGUAUCAGAGGGUGGUCGGUUACUGGUCGGCUGGGUGGCGGCCCAAGUGAAGCUGCUAGAGACCCGGCCGAUGCGGUGCUACCGCUGUCUCGAGACGGGGCACGUCAGAGUGACGUGCGAUGCUGAAGUGGACCGCAGCAAUCUGUGCUAUCGCUGUGGACAGGCCGGUCACAUCAGCCAAAAGUGUACAGCUACGCCCCACUGUAACAUAUGUGAGGCUGCAGGCAAAUCCGCGAACCAUCGGAUGGGUUCUUGUAUCGCCCCAUCCAAGCGCAGGAACAGAGGAAGGAAGGUCGGCGAUGGCUCCAGGGCCUCCUCGCUGCCUGCCCGCCCGUCAGCGAGCGCUGAAACUCGGGCCGAGGUGGAACCGACCAUGGCCGUUGAUUAA